CUACCCUCGGAUGACACCCAUCUGUGGUCAAGAAGCAGGGUGUGAAAGUUGACAUAGCCUGUAACUGUUUCACUGUUUCCUGGACAGCUUGCCAGGAAGCAGGAGGACAUGUGCCGGUGCUGUGCUGGAGGAGAGGAGCUGGACAUGUGACCAGGGCAAGGAUGUGACCCCGUGCGGUAGAGAGAGACUUCAGAGUGCUGUGUAGACAGUGGCUAUUAUCACUGAGCAUACGGCCCUCAUACUCCAGAAUUCAUCCGGCUACUUGAAUUAUUUCGUGUUUGUGUUUGGAAAGAACAUUUUAACCACUUAACUCAAAGCUGGAAACAAAUGCAAUUAAUGACUGCAAGAGGAGAACUCUGCAAAAAGGCAGAGGAGAGGACUCAAGCCUUCCCUUGUUUUUGAUAGCUUUGCGGUGGCCAGCCUUUGUCAUUAAGUGGAUUAGCAUACAGGACUGGCACACAGUAAAUUCUCCAUAGGUGAUGCAUGCUAUUUUAAGCCACCAUGGGAAGUCACGGCUGGCAAACCCGGAAGGCACUCAGGUCUGUGGAUGGAGCCAAUGGAAAUCUGUGUCCUUGUCCCUGGAAGAGGCCGCAUUCCUUCCUUAGCAUGCAAACGGGCAAAUGUCACCAGUGGUUCGGAGAAGCUGCGCGGCGGCCGACAUCCUAAUUCUCUGGCCGGGUCUCCUGCGGCUCAGCCGAGCACCCUGUCCCGGUGGGCUGUUCUCGUAUUUCCUUCCCGAUCUUGGGCACAGACCCCCUUUGCUGACCUUCCUCCCAGAGAGUCUGCGACGUCACCAUCUCUGUGCAGAGAGUCACGCCCGGCUCCGGGGGUCACCGCCGCGCCGCCCGUGCGCCUGUCUCCCGGAGCUCCGGCAGGCUCGGAAAAAUCAAUUCCUCCCCGAACUGGGCCCAUGUGGUUACGGAUUUAAUUAUCAUCUGUGUUCCGUAAUUAUUGGCUUGCAAGGUAGCGAAGAGAAACAAACGUCUCGUUUCCAGCAUCCCCCCCAACCCCCUGAAAUAAAACUGGCAAAAAUAAAAAGAGCAUUCUGGGAGGCGCUUAAUAAUUCAAACAUCCCCGAUCCGCAAACACAAACAAAGGGCUCGGCGCGCGGGCGGGCGGGGCGCGGGGCGCGGGCUGCAGGUGAGCGCAGGUGCGCGCGGCCCGGCUCGGCCCCGCUCGGCCCGGCCCGGCCCGGCCUGGCGCGGAGGCGGCGCGGGGCGCGGGGCCGGCGGGCCGGCGGGCGGGCGGGCGGCCGCGUCUUUCUUCUCCUGGCGGUGAUGUCAUUGGGCGAAGGCGGCCGAGGCCGGGGGGCGGCGGCGGGGGCGGCGCCGGCGCCCGCAGGUUGCUGAGGCUCUAAUGAAAAGGCGCUUGACAGCGGGCCAGGACGCACGCGAGGCCGCGCGAGCCGGGCCGGACCUGCUGGGCCGCGCCGAGCCAAUCGCCGGCGCGGCCCCCCCAUGGGCGCAGGGGCGGCGGGGGCGGCGGGGGCGGCGCGGGCCGGCGCUCCGAGGUGAACGGCGCGGCGCCCGCCCGGCCGCCCGGCCGCCGCGAUGAAUUCCGCCGAGCAGACCGUUACGUGGCUCAUCGCCCUGGGGGUGCUCGAGUCGCCCAAGAAAAGCGUCGCGGACCCGGAGGGCUUUCUGCAGGCGUCGCUGAAGGACGGGGUGGUGCUGUGCCGGCUGCUGGAGCGCCUGCUGCCCGGGACCAUCGAGAAAGUCUACCCGGAGCCGCGGAGCGAGAGCGAGUGCCUGAGCAACAUCCGCGAGUUUCUGCGCGGCUGCGAGGCGUCUCUGCGGCUGGAGACGUUUGAUGCAAAUGAUUUGUACCAGGGGCAGAAUUUUAACAAGGUCCUCAGUUCCUUAGUGACUCUAAAUAAAGUAACAGCAGACAUCGGGCUAGGAAGCGAUUCUGUGUGUGCUCGGCCCCCAUCUCAUCGAAUAAAGUCUUUUGAUUCUCUGGGAUCACAGUCUCUACACAGCCGGACUUCAAAAUUGCUCCAGGGCCAGUUUCGAAGUUUGGACAUGACCGAUCCUACCAACAGUCAGCUGGUAGUGAGAGCGAAGUUUAACUUCCAGCAGACCAAUGAGGAUGAGCUCUCCUUCUCGAAGGGGGACGUCAUCCAUGUCACCCGUGUGGAGGAGGGAGGCUGGUGGGAGGGCACACACAGCGGCCGGACGGGCUGGUUCCCCAGCAACUAUGUGCGCGAGAUCAAGGCUAGCGAAAAGCCUGUGUCUCCCAAGUCCGGGGCGCUGAAGAGUCCUCCCAAAGGAUUUGAUACAACUGCCAUUAACAAAAGUUAUUACAAUGUGGUGCUACAGAAUAUUUUAGAAACAGAAAAUGAAUAUUCUAAAGAACUUCAGACUGUGCUUUCAACCUAUCUGCGGCCAUUACAGACCAGUGAGAAGUUAAGUUCAGCAAACACUUCAUAUUUAAUGGGAAAUCUAGAAGAAAUAUGUUCUUUCCAGCAAAUGCUCGUACAGUCCUUAGAAGAAUGCACCAGGUUGCCUGAAGCUCAGCAGCGGGUUGGAGGCUGCUUUUUAAACCUGAUGCCACAGAUGAAGACCCUGUACCUCGCAUAUUGUGCCAAUCACCCGUCUGCAGUGAACGUCCUCACGGAGCACAGUGAGGAGCUGGGGGAGUUCAUGGAGGCGAGAGGUGCCAGCAGCCCUGGGAUCCUUGUGCUGACCACAGGCCUCAGCAAGCCUUUCCUGCGCCUGGACAAGUACCCCACCCUGCUCAAGGAGCUCGAGAGGCACAUGGAGGAUUAUCACACCGACAGACAAGACAUCCAGAAGUCCAUGACUGCCUUCAAAAACCUUUCAGCCCAGUGUCAAGAAGUCCGGAAGAGGAAAGAGCUUGAGCUGCAGAUCCUGACAGAAGCCAUCCGGAACUGGGAGGGGGAUGACAUUAAAACCUUGGGCAACGUCAUCUACAUGUCCCAGGUCCUGAUCCAGUGUGCGGGGAGUGAGGAAAAAAAUGAAAGAUAUCUUCUGCUCUUCCCAAAUAUCCUGCUGAUGCUGUCUGCCAGUCCUAGGAUGAGCGGUUUCAUCUAUCAGGGGAAGCUACCAACCACAGGAAUGACAAUCACGAAGCUCGAGGACAAUGAAAGUCACAGAAAUGCAUUCGAAAUAUCAGGGAGCAUGAUCGAGCGGAUCUUGGUGUCCUGCAGCAACCAGCAAGAUCUGCACGAGUGGGUGGACCACCUGCAGAAGCAGACCAAGGUCACGUCUGCAGGGAACCCCACUGUGAAGCCGCACUCCGUGCCCUCCCACACCCUUCCCUCCCACUCGGUCACUCCGUCCAGCAAGCACGCGGACAGCAAGCCUGCACCACUGACGCCUGCCUACCACACGCUCCCCCACCCCUCCCACCACGGCACCCCGCACACCACCAUCAACUGGGGGCCCCUGGAGCCUCCAAAAACUCCCAAGCCUUGGAGCCUGAGCUGCCUGCGGCCUGCACCUCCACUCCGGCCCUCAGCUGCUCUCUGCUACAAGGAGGACCUUAGUAAGAGUCCUAAGACGAUGAAGAAGCUGCUUCCUAAGCGCAAACCUGAGCGGAAGCCUUCAGACGAGGAGUUUGCGCUGCGGAAGAGCACCGCUGCUUUGGAGGAAGACGCUCAGAUUCUGAAGGUCAUUGAAGCUUACUGCACAAGCGCCAAAACGCGGCAGACGCUCAACUCAACAUGGCAAGGCACUGACCUGAUGCAUAAUCACGUCCUGGCUGACGACGACCAGUCAAGUCUAGACUCCCUGGGUCGUCGCAGUAGCCUUUCUCGUUUGGAGCCUUCAGACCUCUCGGAAGACUCUGACUAUGACAGUAUAUGGACAGCCCAUAGUUACAGAAUGGGUUCUGCCUCUCGUUCACGCAAAGAAUCUGCUCCACAAGUUUUGCUUCCAGAAGAAGAGAAGAUUAUAGUUGAAGAAACUAAAAGUAACGGCCAGACAGUGAUAGAAGAAAAGAGCCUCGUCGACACUGUGUACGCGCUCAAGGAUGAAGUCCAAGAGUUAAGACAGGAUAACAAAAAGAUGAAGAAAUCUCUAGAGGAAGAACAGAGAGCCCGCAAAGACCUAGAAAAGCUGGUGAGGAAAGUUCUGAAGAACAUGAACGAUCCUGCUUGGGAUGAGACUAACCUGUAGGAAUGCCCUUUGUUCUGGUGAAGACCAGCUCCAAGACGGAGCCGGGGCCUCCUGACCCAAGUCAGCCAUGUUCAGGACUGCAGGGCAGGCUGGAUGGACAGUCACCUUGCUCCCCGAGCUAAUCCUGUGAAGAGAACGAUAAAGCCCCCCUGAAGCACCCAGGCGGGAGGAGGCGCUGAGGCCCUGGGCUCCGCCCGUCUCACUUACCUCAUUUUGCAAUAAGUGCAGUGCUGGGCUAAAACUUCUGGUAUCCGGACUUUGAAUUGAAUAGAUAAAUAGUGUUAUAUACACGUGUCUUGUAAAUAUUCCUCGUGGAUGCGUGCCCAGAGUGGCUGUGUCUGGGCUUCUGCCCACGCUGGAAUCUCCUUCCCACCAGCAGCCCUUCCAGCGGGGCGAUGAGAAGCCCUCUUCACACACCCGUCAGAGCCGAGGUGGGGGAGCUCCUGUGGACGCCUGGUUUACUCUGCAUCACAACGCACUCUACUGGGCUAUAAAAGUACUUCCCACCUCAGUGUGUCUAAAUAAUUUAGCCUUAUUUAUGUCUGCAAAGAUGCUUCCAGCCCGUUUGAAAAUCAUGUAGAGCAGUAUUACGUCCCAGACCCAUGGCUCCUGGGGCAGCGCACUGGCUGGCUGAAACCCAGCCUGAACUCAAAGUGUCCCUGACGUGGCCCCUUGUCCACCUGCCGGUGCCUGCCCCCUCUCCCUGUGUCUGAGGACUGGGACCGUCAGGGGGUGUUCACUGCUUCUGGGGAUAUUGCCUAGACUCUUCUAUACAGACCAGUUUUAUAACAUGACAAAAUGCUGUCCUCCCAAAAAGAGAAAUCUUAACCAGAACCUGUAAAUAAAAUGUAUUAUUUAUUAUAUCUCGCUGCAUCUGGUGGCACCAGAUAGGUGAUGCUGUACACUGAUCCUGGAGGUCGGGUUUCACUGUCAGGCCAGUCUGCCUGAGGUCUGCUUUACCUCCGGGCACAGCAGCAGCUGAGCAAGGGUCAAGCAAUACACAUGUUCAGGUCAGCUGAGUUGUGGAAGCUCAGACAUGGGGACGUUUCCCGCUCUGUGUCCAAAUGCAGACGAGUCGGAGGAAGCAAGCCCACUGGGGCCUCAGCUUUGCUCGUCUUUUUGGGCCUAGGCAGGUUCUGCAAGUUCUGAGCAGCCCUGAAUAGGAAGCCUGGCCCAUGGGGCCAAGUUUUCUUUCUUCUGCAAUAAAUAAUGGUGACCACACAACUUGGCUUUGUUUCCCUUCCUCUGAAGAGGAUGAUUUUUAAAGUGAGAUAAACUUUUUCAUAGAAUAAGUGUUGCAUCUUUUAAAACCAAAAUUGCAGCACUGUGCAAUCACAUGAGUCUCAGAACAACUUGUUUGGCAUCAGAUGUGAUUCUGGUUCUCCACCUGUUGGUCAGAUUACCCGUAACUGCACCCAUACCCUUUGUAUUCUGAUGCCUUUGAAUCGCAGCUUUGGAAGUGGUUUGUUGUCUGGCUGUUUAAGGCUCUUCCAUGCCCUUGCUGACCCCAGUCUGUGCCCAAGCACACCCCGCCAGUUUACUGGUGCAGGUGCAGGGUCUGUCUGGGGCUUCAGAACCUGGCCACGGUUUGGACCUUUAAGGAGAAUUGCCAAUUACAUGUGUUUAGUCUUACUUGUUUUUGGUGAGCUCUUUUUUUUUACAAGUCAUUUUUUGGAGAUGCAGAAGACACUACAGAGGAAACAGUGAAGCUCAAGUGCGCUGGAGUUUGCUGUCUUGGCCAGAUCUCAACUCAGGAACUACUCUCCUCGGUCGCUUCACUGCUCAGGAUGGGUCACUACUCUGGCCUGCCAGGAGUUAACUGGAGCCUGUCCUCUUGUAGCCAUCAGCGUCACUGUCUGUGCCCCCCGGACAGAUCUCUUACAGACCUGCCUUAAUGAUCAGCUCGAAGUAUUUCCUAAGAACCUCCGUGUUCUAAUGUCUCUUCCCCAGCACGGGGCAGCCGUCAGGUCUUGGCGUUCAUGCACUCACUGCCUCUUUCUGCUCUGGGUCCGGCAUCUUCCUCGGCGCUUUAGGGAGCAGAGACGCGUCUGAGAGCUGCCCUGUGUGUGUAACUAUCAUUUCACCUGUGACCUCCCCGGGGGAGGGAGUCUGGUUUAGGGGUUCAGGGGCACUGUUUACCCAUGGGCUGCUCUCACCUUUGUGGAUGAGGAGACAAAGCCAUUUUUUCUCCUGCAGACAUGGAGCACUUUUGGUUGUAAGCGCUGUUACGAUGUAGCAUCUGAGGCCGUGUCAUCGUGCCCAGCGACAUCUGUGCUUGUCCACAUGCACUGGGCAUCUGGGACAGCCAGGGUGCCCCUUGACAACCAUGGAGAAACUCCUGGUUUAAACAGCCCAGGCUGUCCUGUGUGGGCGUGCACUGACUGCCACAAUGUUGAUGCUACGUUGUUGUAAUUAUUAAACUGAUUAUUUUUCUUAUGCCACAAAAUGUGUCACUUCACCUUCCUUGAUGUGUUUGCUGGAUGUGUGUUAGUGUUACACUUUGUUUUGGCUUUUUUGUAUUUUCCAAUUCUGGUGUGAAUUUUUGAUACCGCAAAAUACA